AUGUUCUUCCUCUUCUUCACUGCUACUUCACUGCAGACUCACACAACAUCUCUGAACCUUCUCAUCUCAGCAACAGAUAACAUGGUUUUCUCUGCUCCACUGAGGAUCCUCCUGCUCUGCCUGCUUCACUUUAGCACUCGUGCUGUAAGUGAGGAUGUGGACCCAGUAAUCCUGCAGCGUAUUAUUACGCGAUUUCAUCAAAACUUGGGUUUAGGACAAUACACUGUUGUGUUCAGAGUCGACAGGAACAUAUGUCUUGAAAACUCUACAUUUCCAGAUCAGAACUUACUGGCCCGAGUGACAAACACUGUUCAGAGCAAUGGGGUUUAUGACGAGGAUAACCUCGUAGCUGCAAAGGCUUAUCCAAACCAACAUUCAGAGUAUCGCCUGAGGAAUCUUCUGGGGAACAUCUUGAAUGUUCCAAAUCAAUGUGUGGUUUAUUUCUCUGUGAAUUCACCCUGUUUGACAACAUGCCUAUCAAAUGGGCCAUACAACAUUCAAGCCAAUCUUGUAGGGUUACGAAACUAUGAGGGAAUCAAAGCGCUUGCAUUCCGAUACAUCUGGCAACAUGAUGAUAAACAGGCGCUGAAAAACAGACUGAAUGUUAUUGCCCCGCACUUGCCAAAUUAUCUUUGUGUGAUAAACACGCACAGAUGUGACCCCCUCUGAUGCUUAAACGUGACAUUGGCUUUCCUCACACAUAUAUACGGUUUUAUUUAGCUGAUGAUUUAAAAAAAUUUUUUUUUACAGCAAUUGCAGUAAACAUUAAAAUUGGCAAAUAAAUUCUACAGUCUGUAAAAUGCAUAGCCUAAAUUGUGAUAUUGUGUGUGCUUGAUAGUUAUUGUUAUAGUAAACUAAUGUCAGCAUGUCUGCUUAUACUGGAGCAAAUAAAAAUACAUUUUCCUGAGCAUCA